UGGUAUAAAAGUGUAAAUCUUUCAUCUCAAUCUCCUCUCUCUCUCACCUUUUAAAUAGAAAUGAUGAAUUACCAAUUGGCCUACACAACCCUUCAACAACAUGUAGAAAAGUACAUUUUGUCACCUACAGGUCUUGAUGCUUCCACUGCAAAAACCCUCUCUCUGCAAUUGGGUAUAUCCACCAUCAUCAUCUAUUACUUUUACAAACUCAUUCUUUAUCGACUUUACCUUCACCCCGCUAAUCGUAUUCCUGGCCCCAAAGUCAGUUGGAUUCCCUUCAUGGGCAAUUUUUUCGAAAUUAUUAAAGAAGAAUCGGGUGUACCACAUAAAAGAUGGACAAAGCUUUAUGGUGGUAUUGUUACUUAUCAUGCCAUGUGGAAUAUACCUCGUGUCGUUGUCACAGAUCCUCUCUUAUUAAAACAAGUAUUGACAUCAAAUGAAUAUGAUUACAUCAAAUCUCCAGAGACUUCAAAUUUCUUAAGACGCAUGAUUGGUAAUGGUUUAUUAGUGGCAGAGGGUGAUACUCAUCGUCAUCAACGCAAAAUGUUAAACCCUGCUUUCUCUGUUAAUGCUAUUCGGUCUAUCUUGCCCUUGAUGGCAAAACCAGGUCAUCGAUUAAGAGAUACUUGGUUAGCCGCUAUUCAAUCUGAUCAGAAUAAAGUAGCAAAUGAUUGCACAGAAGUUCAAGUCUCGAGUGGUCUCUCUUUGGCUACAUUGGAUGUCAUUGGUUGGGCCUUUGGUCAAGAUUUUAAAGCCUUAGAGUUUGCAGGCACACCUCAUCAAAGUAAACUCAGUCAGGCCUAUUUACACUUGUUCUCGAGUGAUGUCUCUUUCAUGCGCUUCUUGUCCUUUAUCUUUCCUGCCUUGCGUUAUUUACCCACAGCAAGAAAUCGAUUGAUUCGCAGAGACUUGAAAUGGUUGGACGAAGAAAGUAAAGCAUUGGUUCAGGUUGGCAUCGAAAGAGCAAAGGCAGCAAAGGCCUCCGGUGUUGUUUCUGAUAAACCUAAAGAUCUUUUAGCUACCAUGGUAGAUCUCAUUGAUGAAGAAACCGGUCAAGGUUUUACUGCAGACGAGUUGAAGAACCAGUGUCUUACCUUCUUGGCUGCCGGACACGAAACAACUAGUGUCAGCUUGAGUUGGGCUCUUUGGUUGUUAGCAAGAGAUCAGGUCAUCCAAGAUGAAUUACGUUCUGAAGUCCUCACAUUGUUUAAAGACGACCAUGAAGUUCCUUCUUAUGAAGCCAUCAAUGCUUUACCACUCUUAAAUAACGUUGUACGCGAGACUUUACGAUUAAUUCCUGCUGUACCAGUCACCAAUCGAGUAACACGCGUACCUACAGUCUUGGGCUCACACGUCUUGCCAAUGGGCACACAUGUAUUUAUUUCUGUUGUGACCUCGCAUCAUUCUACCGAGAUCUGGGGUUCUGAUGCAGAAGAAUUUAACCCGAAACGUUGGGACAAUUCAGAAAAGAUUGGCAAUGCGUAUCAAUACAUGCCCUUUUUAGCGGGUGGAAGACAAUGUAUUGGGUAUAAAUUUGCUUUGGUCGAGUUUAAAUUGUUGCUUGCAAUUCUUGUACGAGAUAUUCAAUACUUUGAAAAACCCGAUUAUAAAAUUUCCAAGAAGCAGCAAAUUACAUUGAAACCUUUUCCUAAUAUGACACUUUGGCUUAAACCUGUUGUAAAUUAAAAUUAUCUGUAUAUCCUUCACUACUUACCUAUGUAUAACACCCCUCCCCUAUUUAAUAAAGCUACUCGUCU